CGGCGUGCCCCGCGCGGCGGACGCUCUCCCCGCCGUCUCUGUGGGCGGAAGCGGGUGGGGUGUGUUGUCGUGCCGCCGCCGUUGCCGUGCGGCGGGAGAGGCCUGGGGCCGUGGCAGAAAUUAUGUGAGCUGCUGCGUUAGUCUUCUAACAUCUUGGACUGAAUACUCAUGGUAUGUCUGAAGGACAGAUCUCUUGUGUGUUCUGAAUGUACCAGGUUGUCCUCAUGAGUACUCCAGUGGAGAAUGUCCAUGAUCUUCUUUGCCUGUGUGGUGCGGGUGAGGGAUGGACUUCCCCUCUCAGCCUCCACAGAUUUUCAUUUCAACCGGGACUUUCUGGAAUGCAGAAAGAGAUUAAAAGCAUUAUCCUCAAUUCUGGCGCAGUAUCCAAGUCGAGGCACGGCAAAAGGACGUGACCUUAGCAUACAUUUCCUUUCUUCUGGGGAUAUUGCCUGCAUGGCGAUCUGUUCCAGCAAUUACUCAACCAUCAUGGCGUUUUGCUUCCUGGAAGAGCUUCAAUGGGAAUUUGCUGCUUCCUAUGAUACAACAAGCAUCAGUUUAGCUUCCAGACCGUACGCUUUUCUUGAAUUUGAUAACAUUAUUCAGAAAGUGAAAUGCCGUUUUAACUCUGUGAGUCGCUCUCAAAUGAAGGCCAACUGGGAGAAGGUUAAGGAGGAGCUGAAGUUCCGGCCCCCGGUUCAGCUGAAACUAGAGGAUACGGAGCUGAUGAAUGGGAUGACUAACGGCAGGCAUGCAGGCGUUCAUGUGGAGGUUGUCCCUACUUACAGAAUGCAGCCUGUGACUCCCCUGGGGAUUCUGUCGCUUGUUCUGAACAUCAUGUGUGGAGCUUUGAAUCUCAUUCGAGGAGUUCACCUGGCAGAGUAUUCAUUUCAGGAGGACCAUGAAGGAAUUGGAAAUGUGAUAGCUUUUUUACUUCCUUUUCUAGCCUGUAUUUUUCAGUGUUACUUGUACCUCUUCUACAGCUCGGCAAGGAAGGUGAAGACGUUUGUACUCUUUUCCUCUGUUUGUUUAUGCAACAUUUACUUGUACGGAUUACGGAACCUCUGGCAAAUAGCCUUUCACAUAGGAGUGGCAUCUCUUUCUUCUUAUCAGAUACUGACGAGGCAACUGAUGGAGAAACAGCCUGAUUGCGGAGUAUGAAAAAGACUUUGGGUUUGCUACUCUAUUUUUACAACUUUUUUUUUUUUUGUUGGUAUUAAACUGGCCAAAAAUAGCUUGGAGUAUUUUUAAAGAUUCGUGACAAUGGUUAUUGCAAGGAGGAUAUUUCAAAGCAACUUGAAAUAAAGUAAGAUACUGUAAUUGUGUCAAACAUACAGUGAGGAAUGUAUUUAACAUGGCGUGUGGUAAUUGUGCAUGGUAGAUCUUGUCUGGUGUCAUCAUCAGGUGGAGGCUCUCUUACCGUAAACAGGCUUUUACUCCUUCACUAAUACCAUCUAGGCAGCAUUUUGCCAUGUGUCUUACGGGCUUUGUAACAGUUUGGCAGGUCAAUGUCUUGCCCUGCCAAUGCUUCUGAAAAUAUUAAAACUGUAUAGUAAAGUGAAGAUACAAGUGGUGGGUAACAUUUUUGUCUAUAGAAUUUGUGAAGCGUUAAGAUUCUUGUUAAAUGUAAGUAAAGGAGUUUGCCAUAAUUAGAUCAGUUCAGUAUCGGUGGGGAAAAAUUGUUAGGAGGAGCUUCAGGGUAGUUUGUCUAGUUUUUGAAGGAAAGGAAGAGGCUGUGGCUUUCUUAAAAACCAUAAAGGCUAUAAAUAUCUCCUGGCUAAACAGCGCAUUGUAGUUAAGUAUGUGCUUAUUGGUUAAUUGCAAAUAUGCUUGGGGCAGCAUAAAAUACGCCAAGUGAAUACAAGUGAUCUUUCAGCUCAAGUGGCCUUUAUUUCCUUGGUUAAGGUCACUCUUAGUAUAAGGGUAAUUCCACAUUCGCUUGGUCUGUACGGAUAAUAAAUCUUUCAAGACUACUUAUGACAGGCCACUGACUCCUUCACCUUUUUUAAGAAAAAAAAAAAGUGUAGCUGGUGAGUAGAAAGCCAUUUCCAGUAAUGGAAAGCAAGAGCAGGUUCUCUUUAUUACAUAAAACGCCUUUAGUUGAUGGUGUUGAGUUCUUACACUAAGAGGAAUUUAUGAGUGUGCACUUUUGAAUAUAGUACUUAAGAGCUGAAAUUCGUAACCUCUGCUGCACAGGGUAUUCUUGUAUGUAAUUACUGAGGUGCAGAUGGGCAUUUUAGAACAGGCUGUCUGUUGGAAAAAAAAAAAUAAAAUGCAUAGCAUUUUGAUGCAGCUGUCCUUGAAGCAUUGUAGAGAUUCAAGCUGAGAAGAAGUGGAGAACUGUAAGUGUGUUAUUGAGGAAAUAUGGUCCUGGAUUUUCUUUUAUUCUUUUUCUUAGGAAAGUGUUUUCUUCUCGCCCCACUUCUUCCACCAGACAUCUCUUUCGCCAAAGAUGUAUUUUCCUCUCUCAUAGUCUCUACCUCUAGUGGUUGCAAAGAGAUUAACGUGAUGCGGAGUUGUCAUCCUGAGAUUGCAGAAACACUUCACAAAAUUACUUUCUUGCAUCUCAGUGAAUUUUCCUGAAAUCUCCUGUUGCAAACACGAGUAUCAGUGGACUAUUAGAUGAGAAACCUGUGGUGCUGUACCUUGGAAGCGUUUCUGUGAUGCAGCUGACUGCAACCACGGCAUCGAUAGGCAGCCCACUACAACCUGAGCGGUUUCUAGGACAGCAAGAGAUUUGGUGCCAGAGCUUUUUCUAGUAGUAAAAUAUAGGUAUUUCUUUUCCAUCCCAUAUUAGCCCAUUUACUGCAACAGUAACGUAACGAAAUCCUUUAAACUGUGUGGAAUAGACUAGUAGGAAUGAUGGAGGAAUAUUUUAGGCAGGCAGUUGAGAAAACAGCUAGAGCUGUCUGCCAUAAGAGAAUGCUUUUCUGUUAUAAGGGAGUGUUUGUCUGUCAUCACCCCAGUGUGUAAGAGAAAUGAAGCCAGAAUUCAACCACUGUCCUUAAGACACCCAGAUGAACCUACGGACGUGGGGGUUUUAGUACUGACGAGCUUUAAGUUUCCCUGCUGUUCAGUCCCAGUUUUACUUGGCGAUAUGACCCAACUCCCAGCUCUUACCCUUUUAGCCUCCAUCAGGCUGAAGAAUCCAAAAGAGCAUUCCUAUUUCUCCGGAGGCUUGGCUAAAGCUCGCCUGCUAUAGCUUAAGGCACGCAGAGCAUUUACAGCGGGGGCAUAGGGCCAGCGAACCAUUGUCUGCUUUUUAUUCCUCAUCCUUGUAUUGAGCUGACUGGAAGAAACUGUAAUGUUCCUGAUGCUUCCCAAGCAUCUGCCUCUUUGCUUUAUCAUAAAACAAAUCCGUCCCCCUGCCAGGGGAUGUUAGCAACAGCUCUGCAGUAAGAGUGGUAGAACAAGGUGUUUAGAUGGCUUGGGUAAUGAACAUAAUUGGAGUGGUUAAAGAUUAAAUUGAGCUUUUAUUUAAUAUUUUCUUUUUCUUGAAAAUGUUUCAGGAAAAUCAGACAGAACCAGUUGGUUCAGUUCUGCCUUUGUUUAAAUUUUUUUGUGGGUUAGGUGGAGGAUGCAACCACAUCUUUUCUACUCAAUGACCAAAGCUCUGGUUUGCUGUUAAUCCCUUUGCAACCUUUUUUUUUUUUUUUUUUUUUUCCCCUGUAAUAUGUGUAAACCGUAUUAAGGAAUCUA